CUUCCUCUGCUUUUUCUUCGUCGAUGGCGCACUUUUUCUAUAAAACCAAGACCAAAAUCUCAACCCAGAAAAUAUCACCUCCCCCUCUUUCUUCUCCAAAAGCACUAUUCUUUGAGUCUCACAGGAGUGGAAAAAUACUUUCUUGGUGAAGAAAAUAAAGGGUUGGAAAUUUAAGUGUGUACAUUUUGUGUGGAUUGAUUCAAUUUUUGUUUUCUUAGGAGGGAAGAAAAGUAGUGAGUUCAAUCGGUUUCUGGAAUUGGGUCAGCCGGAUUUGGCUGUUUGAAUCAACCCAUUUUCUGAAAUAUUGAGCUGAGGGGGAUUUGUUUGGUUUUUCGAGCUAGCAACCAUGUCUAUAGCGACAGCGCUUGCCGGGGAGGACUUAUCCCGGCAGACCAGCAGCCGGGGGAGCUGGCGGUCUGCGAGUGUGAGGGAGAUGUGGAACGCGCCGGACGUUUUUCAGCGAAGCGGUCGGCAGCAGGUGUUAGAUGAGGAGGAGGAGCUCAAGUGGGCGGCCAUAGAGAGGCUGCCCACAUAUGAUAGGAUGAGGAGAGGGAUGCUGAGGCAGGCCAUGAGCAAUGGGAGGGUUUUGACUGAAGAAAUCGAUACGGCGAAUCUUGGGGAGCAAGAUAAGAAGCAGUUGAUGGAAAACAUACUUAAGGUUGUGGAGGAUGACAAUGAAAAGUUCUUGCAGAGAAUGAGAGCCAGAAAUGAAAGGGUUGGGAUUGAUGUGCCUAAAGUUGAGGUUAGAUUUGAGAAAUUAUCAAUAGAGGGAGAUGCAUAUGUUGGCAGCAGAGCACUUCCAACACUGCUAAAUUCUUCCUUGAACAUGAUAGAGGGAAUAAUUGGAAAGCUUAAACUCGUACCAUCAAAGAAAAGAAAUGUUCAGAUUCUCAAAGAUGUGAGCGGCAUCGUGAGGCCAUCGAGGAUGACACUGCUUCUGGGACCUCCUUCAUCAGGAAAAACAACACUUUUAAAAGCGCUUGCGGGCAAACUUGAUAAGGAUCUAAGGGUAAGUGGAAAAGUGACCUACUGUGGCCAUGAAUUUGUGGAAUUUGUGCCUCAGAGAACCUCUGCUUACAUUAGCCAGCAUGAUCUUCAUUAUGGUGAGAUGACAGUUCGUGAAACGUUGGACUUUUCCGGACGUUGCCUGGGAGUUGGAACCAGGUACGAUAUGCUGGUAGAGCUGUCUAGACGGGAGAAAGAUUCUGGUAUCAAACCAGACCCUGAAAUCGAUGCAUUCAUGAAAGCAACAUCUUUGGCUGGCCAGGAGACGAGUUUGAUCACAGAUUACGUUCUCAAGAUACUUGGAUUAGAUAUUUGUGCUGAUACCGUUGUUGGUGAUGACAUGAGAAGGGGCAUAUCUGGUGGACAAAAGAAACGCGUCACAACUGGAGAAAUGUUGGUUGGACCAGCGAAAGCGUUCUUCAUGGACGAAAUUUCAACGGGGCUGGACAGUUCCACUACCUUUCAGAUUGUCAAGUUCAUGAGGCAGAUGGUUCACAUUCUGGAUGUGACAAUGGUCAUCUCUCUUUUGCAGCCUGCACCAGAAACAUAUGAUCUUUUUGAUGACAUUAUCCUUAUUUCUGAGGGUCAGAUUGUGUACCAAGGCCCACGAGAGAAUGUACUUGAAUUCUUCGAAUAUAUGGGGUUCAGAUGCCCGGACAGAAAAGGUGUCGCAGAUUUCUUGCAAGAAGUGACCUCAAAGAAGGAUCAAGAACAAUACUGGUUUAAGAAGAACGAACCAUUCAGAUAUGUCUCUGUAGCUGAUUUUGCACAGGCUUUCGCCACUUUUCAUGUUGGCCAACGUCUUGCUGAGGACCUAAGAGUUCCGUAUGAUAAAAGAACAGCCCAUCCUGCUGCCUUGGUGAAGGAAAAGUAUGGAAUAAGCAGUAUGGAGCUUUUCAAGGCAUGCUUUGCAAGGGAAUGGUUGCUGAUGAAGCGUAACUCAUUUGUGUACAUAUUCAAGACUGUACAGAUAGCAAUCAUGGCUACAAUUACUUUCACUGUAUUCUUCAGAACAGAAAUGAAACCUGGGCAGUUAGGGGAUUCGGCAAAAUUCAUGGGAGCAUUGUUUUUCAGUCUCAUUAACGUCAUGUUUAAUGGAGUGGCAGAGCUUUCAAUGACAGUUUUCAGGCUUCCGGUGUUCUUUAAACAGAGGGAUGCCUUAUUCUACCCUGGAUGGGCUUUUGCCUUGCCCAUUUGGCUAACCAGAAUUCCCAUUUCGUUUAUGGAAUCUUUAAUAUGGAUCUGUUUGACAUACUAUACCGUUGGGUUUGCACCUGAGCCCAGUAGGUUCUUCAAACAGCUCUUGGCUUACUUCGGUAUACAUCAAAUGGCACUCGGACUCUUCCGUUUCAUUGCUGGCCUUGGAAGAUCAGAGAUUCGAGCAAGCACUAUUGGUUCCUUUGCAUUGCUAAUAGUGUUUGUCCUAGGAGGCUUUGUUGUUUCUAAAAAUGACCUCGAGUCGUGGAUGCUAUGGACCUACUAUAUUUCACCUAUGAUGUAUGGACAAAAUGCAAUUGCCAUCAAUGAAUUUCUUGACAAAAGAUGGAGCACUCCUGUCCUCAACGCCACUGAAAACACAGUUGGAAAGGUCCUUCUGGCGGGAAGAGGCCUGUUUACCACGGAGACUUGGUUUUGGAUUUGUGUUGGGGCGCUUUUCGGGUUUUCUAUUCUUUUUAAUCUUCUCUUUGUUGCAGCAUUGACCUUCUUAGACCCAAUUGUUGAUAAUAAAACCUUAAUCGCUACUGACGACUCUGAAAAUAAGAGGAAGGGACAACCCAAUCCAGAAGGUACUGAUAUGCAAGUGAGAAAUCAAGCCAAAAAAGGAAUGGUUUUACCCUUCGAGCCCCUUUCACUUGCUUUCAACCAUGUGAACUACUAUGUGGAUAUGCCUCCUGAAAUGAAGAGCCAAGGGAUUGAAGAGACUCGACUCCAACUUCUACGAGAUGUUAGUGGUGCAUUUAGGCCGGGUGUUCUGACUGCAUUAGUUGGUGUCAGUGGUGCUGGAAAGACAACCUUGAUGGAUGUUUUAGCCGGAAGAAAGACUGGUGGGUAUAUUGAAGGAAGUAUUACCAUCUCUGGAUACCCAAAGAACCAAGCCACAUUUGCUCGGGUCAGCGGCUAUUGUGAACAAAAUGACAUUCAUUCACCAUAUGUUACUGUUUAUGAAUCUCUCGUAUACUCUGCCUGGUUACGUCUUGCCAAGGAUGUCACGAAGGAUAAACGAAAGAUGUUUGUUGAUGAGGUCAUAGAUUUGGUUGAGCUUAAUCCCUUGAGGAAUGCUUUAGUUGGACUUCCAGGAGUUAAUGGGCUUUCAACUGAGCAGAGAAAAAGGCUGACUAUUGCUGUAGAAUUGGUUGCUAAUCCUUCCAUCAUCUUUAUGGAUGAACCGACAUCAGGUCUUGAUGCUAGAGCAGCUGCUAUUGUUAUGCGUACUGUUAGAAACACCGUGGAUACCGGACGAACUGUUGUUUGCACUAUUCACCAACCUAGCAUUGACAUUUUUGAGGCUUUUGAUGAGCUGUUCCUAAUGAAAAGAGGAGGACAAGUUAUUUAUGCUGGACCUCUAGGUGCCCGGUCUCACAAGCUUGUUGAAUAUUUUGAGGCUAUUCCAGGGGUUCCGAAGAUCAAAGAUGGUUACAAUCCUGCUACCUGGAUGUUAGACGUCAGCUCAGCUGCCGUUGAGGCUCAAAAUGACGUAGACUUUGCCGAAAUAUUUGCAAACUCUGAUCUCUAUAGGAGAAACCAGGAACUUAUCAAGGAACUAAGCACGCCACAACCAGGCUCUAAGGAUCUUCACUUCCCCACCCAAUUUUCCCAAAGCUUUUUAACUCAGUGCCAAGCAUGCUUCUGGAAACAGCAUUGGUCAUACUGGAGGAACUCGCAGUACAAUGCCAUUAGGUUUUUCAUGACAAUUUCCGUUGGAGUUAUAUUUGGUAUUAUCUUCUGGAACAAAGGAAAGAAAAUGGAUACACAACAAGACAUCAUGAAUCUGUUGGGGGCAGGAUAUGCUGCUGUUCUUUUCCUUGGAGCGGGCAAUGCUUCUGCUGUGCAAUCGGUUGUUGCUGUUGAACGAACAGUUUUCUACCGUGAAAGAGCUGCUGGGAUGUAUUCUGAGUUGCCUUAUGCAUUUUCUCAGGUGGCUAUUGAGACACUUUACGUUUUAAUCCAAACCUUUGCGUAUUCCGUUAUUUUGUAUGGCAUGAUUGGGUUCGAUUGGAAGGUGGACAAAUUUUUGUACUUCUACUAUUUCAUAUUCAUGUGCUUCACAUAUUUCUCCAUGUACGGGAUGAUGGCAGUUGCCCUAACUCCUGGUCCCCAAAUUGCUGCAAUUGUUAUGGGCUUCUUCAUGAGCUUCUGGAACUUGUUCUCUGGUUUCCUCGUCCCACGAACGCUAAUUCCCAUCUGGUGGAGGUGGUACUACUGGGGUUCUCCAGUCGCCUGGACAAUCUAUGGCAUCUUCGCAUCUCAAAUGGGCGAUAUUAAGAAGGUCAUCGAAAUUCCUGGUGAGAAACCCAAAGCAGUGAAUCAGUUCCUUAAGGACUAUUUGGGUUAUGAAGAAGAUUUUUUAAUCGCCGUGGUGUUUGGUCAUGUUGGUUGGGUCCUUCUCUUCUUCUUCAUGUUUGCGUACGGCAUCAAGUACCUUAACUUCCAAAGGAGAUAAGCAACUUCACUCUGCAGAAAUGUGAAAUAGAUCAUCUACAUAGAUUCGUAUGAGAUACUCUAGUCAGUUAGCGAUCACAAAAACAUGUAAACUCGUUUUGUUGUUUGCCUUUUCGUUUGGAUAUUUUUAUCAUGUAAUUUUUGUUUUGCUUCCAUACAUUUUCACCUUGAAUUAAUGUGUAUAGUUACUUAUUCUUCGAGUACUCAAUAAAAGUUGUGCAUUUUUUCAAAAA